GGCACCCCUCGUGCCUGCAGUUCUCGCUGGCCAUGGCGGCGGCCGCGCGCUCCUACCGCUGGCAAUGCAUCGAGUGCAAAUCCUGCAGCCUCUGCGGCACCGCCGAGAACGACGAGCAGCUGCUGUUCUGCGACGACUGCGACCGCGGGUACCACAUGUACUGCCUGAGCCCCCCCAUGGCCGAGCCCCCCGAGGGGAGCUGGAGCUGCCACCUGUGCCUGCGGCAGCUGAAGGAAAAGGCCUCGGCCUUCAUCACCCUCACCUAGGGGGGCCCAAAACCCCCAAAAAACCCCAAAAACCCCCCAAAAAACCCCCAAAUUCCCCCCAAAACCCC